UUACUAUUUUGUGUUCCUUUUGAAGUUGUGUUACUGUGAAGCUUAGAGGAAAAUGCUUUUACUACUAUUUUUAAUAGCAAUACAUGGAACUAUUGGGGACCGUGACCGCAACAGAGAGUGCACAUGUAUUGAAAACUACUUAAAAGCAGAAAAAACUAAUUUAAGUGUGUCUGAGGCGUUUGAGAAAUAUGACAUUACUCCUAAAUACUUACCAGACCCGCCGGAAUACUUAUUGGAGGGCAACCUGCUUUCAGCUGAUGUUCAUCUAGGUAACUUUGUACCACCUAUCAGAACUGGCGAACCAGAGAUAAAAUAUUCGAAAGGAAAAAAUAAUGUUUAUUACACCAUAUUUAUAAUAGAUAUUGAUGGCCCAGGCAGUAGCCCUUCAAAAAGCUAUAUAGUCAGCCUUAAUAUUAAUGUACCCAAGAGCGAGAAUAACCUUAUUUUAUCGGGAGACUCUCUUGUACCUCUGAGCGCACCCAUGGUCAAUCUUGGCAGCGGAAUUCAUCGUAUAGUUGGGUUGCUGUACGAGCAGAAAGGACGGAUAAACCCUGAAAAAAGAGAAUUAUAUGAGCUGGCAAGAACAAGAAGUAUAAACCUCUCGAACUUCACAAAGAAAUACCGCCUUAUGGACCCCGUAGCUGGCAACUUCUAUCGGACUGAACUCGACCACUGUGAGAAAGCCGAGAACGAAGGUCUGAUCGAUGAUGUAAAUGAAUGAACGAUUGUGUAAAUAAGUCUUCUGAAUGAAGAAGAUGAUUCAAAUUGCAAUAA